AUGGCCUUACUAAAAAGUACUUUGGAGUCCCAAGAAAGUAAUUUCCUUCAAACUGUUUUAUCAUCAGUUACCACUCCCUUUGAUGUGACUUUAUUUAACCAAGAAGAAAUGGUCAGGAUGUCAGAAGGGAGAAGUACGCCACUGGUAGAUGUCUCCGUAACAAGCAAUGAGGCAUUCUUAAGUGACGAUGAAUUUAUUAGCUCAUUUCCAAAGGCACAGUGGACUCCUCCACUGAAGUCUUUUGCAGUUUUAACAGAUCAUCACUCAGUUAAUACAGUAGAGCCACCAAGAGAAACGUUAGAAACUGUGUUUCUAACACCUUCAUUAUCUGUCCUUUUUUCACCAUAUGAUAUCUCAAAAACAGCACAGCAAAAGACUCGGUUGAGUGCUGUCCCUGAACGCAGUAACACACUUACAGAAUCGAAGCCUUUUGUACCAGAUAGUGAAAUGCUAACUGCAAGUAGAGACUUGCUGUUGUACCCUCCAAAUACAGCUAUUUAUUUCACUUCCAUUCCUUCAGAGGCAGGAGUUGCAGUGCAGGAAAAUGUAAAUGCAAGUUUAACAGCUCUGCCUUUUGGGGCUGCUUCAGAAUGGUCGCCUCUUCAUCUCAAGCUGCUGGAUAAAAAUAGCCGUGUGACCCCGGAUGCCACAGCACAAAGUGCAGACCCGUAUGGUGACAUUUAUGCCUAUGCGAGUAUCAGAGCAGCAGAAACUCUCAGUCUAAGGACCUAUCCCACUCCAAGCAUUCCCUGGGCUACACUGGCUUCAGCAGCCAGUGCUGAGCCUGCUUUAUUUCCUAUUAGUCUUCCACUUGCAUCUUUCCCGCUUCACUCAGCUACCAUUUCCACAGACUCUAAUACAGUUCUUGAUGCCAGUCUGUUUACGCGUGAAUUCUUCAGUACAGCACCAAAUUUGCCUGCUGGUUCAGAAAUAUUAAGUCAAUCAGAGCUUGUCAGUGAGCUCACGAGUCCAGUGCCUUUCACGAGAUCGUACAGUUCUUGUCUGUAUUGUGACUCAGUUUCACUUCUGCCAGAAGCAGGCUUUUCCACAGAACAUGAUGUGGGCUCAGGCGAUUAUGUUGAAACUUUGUCCAUCAAAGCCUCUGAAGUACAAGGCAUAACUCCAUUUACAACUAUAGUUACUGACAGGUAUGAAUUAGAGGAGCCUCCACCGGAGAUUUUUGAUACUUCUUUUCCAUCAAGACCAGUUGUUUCAUUUUCUUCAAGAUUCGCAGAAAUGCUCGAUUCAAGCGUGUUUUUAUUAAGCGCUAUGGACACUGUCCUUAACAACAGAACACCUACAACAAUUUCUCCUUCUUCCCAUCAGCUCCCUGGAGGAGCAUCACUGAACAUCUCUGUUGCCCAGUUUUCCCUCCCUGUUCUGGAAACAGUUUCAUUGACACCAAGCACUCGUGUAGAACUUCCUGAUGCUACCACCGUUGUGUUUGACUCUACCUUCAUGCCGAGUGAGCCUGUAGUGUCGUUUGCAGUCAGUCAUACGACUUUGCUGGAGUUGCCAGAAUUAAUGCCAUCAGAAUCUGUGGUUUUGCUUGACAAGACAUCUACAAGGGAAGAACCAUCUUUAAAUAUUUCAGAUUUUCCAUCCAAACUUUUAUCAACACCAUUUCUUAUUGAACCUAGCUACUUGUCUUUAUCAUCGGCCAUACUAAAUUCUUACUCUGUCAUGCGAAGUGAUUUAUCAACACUCUUACCUCAGACCUUGUUGACUGGCAUAUCAGUAGUUUCUGAGGAUGUUUCCAGCUGGGAGUUAGCCACUGCUGUCAGCUCUGCCACUGACGCCGAGGUUUCUCACUUCCCUCUCGGCCAAACAUCAUACUUUUAUUCAAAUGCAUCCUCUCUUCCAGGUGCACAUGUUCCUGAAAUAACACUGUCACCAGAUUUUCACUCUGAAUCAUCUGUGUUUCUGGAAGCACCCUCAGUAUUGCCAGCGGGCUCUGAAGUUGUGUUUACCUCAGCUGUUACAGGACCUACCUCUCAGUUGGAGCCUUCACUCUCCGCCUCUCACUCCGUGGUUCCUACCCUGGUGCUGCCCGCCUCUGACACCCGGUCUGUUACCAGCAGCAUCUUGCUCAAUGAAACAAAUCUGAUCUCUUUGUUUACUAACUUUCCGGCAACUCCUGUCUUAAAUGUAUCUUCAUCUCUGCUCUCAACUGCUCCGGCUUCUGAUGAGGAUAUUGGUGCUACAGUUAACCCCACGCUGCUUUUAACGUCUUGCAGCGAGGGCAGUACCCACACAGCCCUUCCUCCCGCAGACCCUGACAAUCCGACGUCACGUGCUGAUGCCAGCAGCGUGAUGCCCUUUCCUACAGCAUCUCUGUCUGUGACCAUGUCGUUUGCUCCCACGCAAUUUGCUCCGACUUCUAGCCCUCCCACUGGCUAUGAAGUUCCAGCAGGAAGCAGUGUAACUGCUGAUGCAUCGGCUGCUCCCACCACUGUCCUCACGACCACUGCCACCAGUGCCACGGGCAGCCGUGGCACAACUGCUGCAGGCAGCCCGGCGACGUUCUCCUCCACCCCUCUGGCGACCACUACUCCAUCUGAACCUGUGGUCGUAACCUCUGCCGUGACCACUACCAGGCAACCCUACGUCUGCGACAUCACGGUUCCCGAUGCUUACUUAGUCACUGCGGUGCUGGCCCGAAGAGCUGUUCUACAAAAUGUCAGUGAAUCCAUCAGAGAAGUGCUCAGAGUUCAGUUCAGGCGAUCAGUAGAGCUAGAGGUUUAUAAAAUUUCCCCCAAAUUUGCUUUCUUGGUGACGUCAGGUCCUUUUGUUUACACGGCAGUAGCUGUCAUAAAUGUGCUUGUGAACAGCAGUCUUUUUCAUGGUGAGACCCCCAUGAUCCUCUCACUGCAUCCUUCUUUCACUGUGCCAGAUAACAGAUUCCAAGUUCAGACAGUGCUUCAGUUUGUGCCUCGGAAUGUGGAUGUUGGGUUCUGCAACUUUAGCCGGCGCAUUGAGAAAGGGCUGACAAUGGCAUUCAUGGAAGUGAGCAAACACCAAGAGUUCUACAACUUCACUGUGCAGAUACUGAAUAUAACUCUGAGCAAGCCUGGGCUAGCAUUUCGCCAAGGCCCUGUGAGCAUUGUUUUUGCCGUCCGAGAUAGAUACGGUUUUCUAAAUGGGUCUGAAGUCAGUGAGCAGCUAAGAAACUUGUCAGUGGUGGAAUUCAGCUUCUAUCUGGGCUUUCCUGUGCAGCAAAUUGCUGAACCCUUUCAUUAUCCUAAGCUUAAUGUGUCUCAGUUGAUGAAAUCUUCCUGGGUGAGAACAGUUCUCUUGGGUGUCGUCGACCAGCGAAUUCAGGAGGAAGUGUUUCAGGCUGAGAUGGAGCGGAAACUUGCUCACCUGUUAAACGAGGCUUUGGCCAGAGGGCGGAUAUGGAGACGAGCCAGUUUUGCAGGCAGCAACGUUGUGCAGAUUGUGAACGUGUCACGGUUAGUUGGUGUUGAUAACCCUGUGGAGCUGAUCUAUUUUGUGGAGGACCAAGAUGGAGAGAGACUCAGUGCUCUGAAGUGCUCAGACCUGAUGAACAGAGUUGAUAUCCAGCGGGCUGCAAUCAUCCUCGGAUACCGCAUUGAAGGCACCGUUGCACAGCCUGUGGAGAAGCUGAAGGAGUCCACCUCAGAGUCACAGAAUAGCAACCUAUGGAUUAUUGUUGGUGUGGCAGUCCCAGUUGCUGUGGUGCUCCUGAUCGUUAUUAUUUUAUACUGGAAACUUUGUCGAACAGACAAACUGGAGUUUCAGCCAGACACGAUGAGCAACAUUCAACAGCGACAGAAGCUACAAGCCCCCAGUGUGAAAGGCUUUGAUUUUGCCAAGCAGCAUCUGGGCCAGCACAACAAAGAUGAUGUCCUGAUUAUCCAUGAGCCAGCUCCUUUACCAGGACCUAUUAAGGAUACUACCCCAUCUGAAAAUGGAGAUGUGCCCAGCCCCAAAUCCAAGACUUCUUCAAAGCCUUCAAAGACCGUUCGACACAGAGGGAGAGUUUCGCCAUCAGAUGCUGACUCCACAGCAAGUGAACAAUCCAGCGGGAGAGAGACAGGAGAAGAAACUGCAAGACCAUCAACUGUUGCAAAUGAGGGCAAACCACGCAGAGCAGUGAAGAAGGGACCUCCUCAGACCAGCAGUGGAAACGAGCAGCACUCCUCAGCCUCUAUUUUCGAACACGUGGAUAGGAUGUCGCGUUCCUCAGAUGCCAGUAGACGGGUCCCAAGCAAGAUCCAGCUGAUUGCUAUGCAACCGAUGGCAGCACCUCCAGUUCAGAACUCAGUGCUUUCUGAUCGAGUAGCAGAGACCAACAAAAUUAAUAAAGAGAUACAAACAGCCCUGAGGCAUAAAUCUGAGAUUGAGCAUCACCGCAAUAAGAUUCGUCUUCGCGCCAAGCGCAAAGGGCACUAUGAAUUUCCAGUAGUGGAUGAUGUGGUGGUGGUUGACUCCAAAGAACAGCACAGAAUAUAUCGCAAGGCACAGAUGCAGAUUGACAAGAUCUUGGACCCUGGAGGCAGUGUUCCUACUGUCUUCAUAGAGCCCAGGAAGAGUUCUCGUGCAAAACGUUCUCCCAAGCAGCGCCGGCGACAUCAAAUAAAUGGUAGUCCUAUCGAUGCGGAAAAGGACAGGUUAAUCACAACUGACAGUGAUGGGACAUACAAAAGGCCUCCAGGAGUCAAUAACUCUGCAUAUAUUUCUGAUCCAGACUUGCCUCCUGAACCUCAGACAACAUCUUCAGCUGAUCUGGGGAAGUUCCCUGGCUUGCCUUCCCACCCAGUCUCCCAGUACGUCCCACCACAGCCAUCCAUUGAAGAGGCUCGGCAAACCAUGCACUCGCUGCUGGAUGAUGCUUUUGCGCUGGUAGCUCCCAGCAGCCAAGCAGCCAAUUCCACGGCCGUCACACCACCUGGGGUCUCUGCAGGACAGCCGAGAUACGUGGAAUUUGGAAUGACUCCACCAACAGCACCAGGUCUCCUACCAAGGCAGAACUUUGGGCCAGGUUUUCUUCAACCUGCAGAGUUAAUGCACCCAGACCAGCAGCCACCUGAGGUUCAGUAUUCCUCCAGAGGGAUAUACUCAGAGGAAAUGCCAUCAGUGGCACGGCCACGACCAGUUGGAAGCACUGCAGGUUCUCAGAUACAGCACCUCACUCAGGUGGGAAUUGCUAGCAGGAUCGGAGGUCAACAAGUGGAGAUCCCCUCAGGCAGAGCAGGGCAUGGCCAGCCGGGGGGGCCAGGGUGGCCCCAGUACCGUGGAGAGGAUGAAUAUGCUAGGCGAGAUGCAACGCAUAUGCAUGGACACCAAGAAUAUUCCUCCUCACCAGUAUUCCAGAUGCCGAGGACUUCAGCCAGGCAGCCUUCGGCCCCCCCUGCUCAGCUUCCACACAACAGCCUUCAGGGCCAGGGCCUUUGCUACACCACCAGUUCCACUGAGGACCUCCAGCCAGGUCACUCUUCAGCCUCUCUUAUCAAAGCAAUUAGAGAAGAACUUCUACGACUUUCUCAGAAACAGACAACAGUGCAGAACUUUCAUAGUUGAUUUAGCGUUCCCUUGCAAAUCUGCCAAGUAUCUGCUUCCUAUGGAAGCAAAGACUUAGAGGAAAUCAGCAAUGUUGUUCUCUCAAAAGAAUGAACUUUCACAGCUCUGUUGACAACACUCUGGAAAAAAUGAAAAAGGCAGCAAAAUGAGGAUAGUAAGGAGAGACGGGGGACAAACAGGGAAAAUCAUCAGUGUCAUCACAAGUAAUAUUAAUUAAUCUGCUAAUAUUACGGUGCUCCUCUUCUCUCCUUGCCCUCAUUCAGCCUAACAAAUAAAUAAAACCUUAGGUCAAGAAGUCAACACUCCAGCAACAAA